GCCUACAGAAGGAAGACAUAUAGUAUUACAUUUGGCUUUUAGCAUGGCUGUUGUAGUCGCUAGCUUUGGCCUCCAGACAGUGACUGAGAGAAUCACUAAGGCAAAGCACAUCCAGUUUGUGAGUGGGGUCUAUGUCCUUACCUACUGGCUUUCUGCUCUCCUGUGGGAUCUCAUCUACUACUUCAUUUCCUGCUGCCUACUGCUGGGAGUGUUCAAGUACUGCGAACUGGGUGCAUUUGUGGAAGACUACAACUUUCUGGACACAAUGCUGAUCUUUAUGCUGUAUGGUUGGGCUACUGUUCCUCUCAUGUACCUGGGAAGCUACCUAUUUUCUAGUAGCACUGCUGCCUACAUCAAACUCACCCUCUUUAACUACUUUUCAACUGUGUUCAGCAUCAUCGUUGAUACCAUAAUGCACCUCCUUGGUAAGGACUUUCCACACUUUCCCUUUUCUCCAGGAAAUAUAUCUCUGCAUGAAGUGGUAGAACUUUACCAAAAGAGCUUCCAGACUCAUUCCCUAACUUUAGGUGUUGGCCUUACACAAAAGGAAACAGAGUGUGUGGACCAAGCACAUUCUUUUGCAGUCUUCUCCAAGAAGUGGUAUUAUGCCUGUUACAACUUUGCAAUGAGUGUCAGCAAAUUCUUUGAUGACUAUGAAGUAAAAAGACUGUGUACCCAAGAAAUUCAAAACGUCUAUGUGGACUGCAGGAAAAAAUGUGUUGGUACCAAAGGAAGUCCACCUGCAACAGAUGAAAAGCUGAGAGUUAUUAGUAGGAAAUUGAAAGCCAAGUGUGAGAGUCCAAGAGCCUCUUUGGUAGCAUUUCCUGCCAUGAAAGGGCAGAGAAAACUGAGUACUCAGAUCAAGGCUAAAGAGCCCAUGCAUGUAAUCAGCGAAUAUGUGGAUGAAAAUGUAGAAAAUGAAAGGAAGAAAGUCUUGGCACAGUCUCCUAAAUUGAAGAAUAACCCACUGCUUCUCAAAGAUCUUGUGAAGACUUAUUAUAAGUAUCCAGCUGUAAAGGCUGUAAGAAAUGUUUCCCUUGUCGUAAAAAAAUCUGAAUGCUUUGGAUUAUUUGGAUUAAAUGGAGCCGGAAAAACCACUGUAUUGAAAAUGUUAACUGGAGAUGAGACCAUAAGCUCUGGAGUUGUAUUAAUUGAUGGCAUUAGCCUCAUUGAAAAUAUCAGAAAGGUUAGGUCAAGAAUUGGCUAUUGUCCUCAAUCUAACCCUUUGCUUAACCACCUGACGGGCUGGGAAUUGCUGAUCAUGUAUGCCAGGCUGCAGGGGGUCCCUGAGCCAAAUAUCUGCAAGUAUGUAGAAAUCUUUUUGCUUUCAAUGCACCUAGAAAACCAUGCUGACAAGUUUGUCUACACAUACAGUAAAGAAAACAAACGUAAAUUGAGUAUUGUCGUUGCCCUAAUGGGAAAGUCCUCAGUUGUCUUCCUGGAUGAGCCAGCUUCUGGCAUGGACUCCAUUGCCAGGCGCCUGCUCUGGGACACAGUAACGUGGAUGUGUAAAGCUGGCAAGACUGUCAUCGUAACUUCCCACAGGUAACAUUGUAAACCAGGAGUAUCGAGGAAUUAUUUACUACCACAUUUCCAGAAAUGAAAUCUGCUGGGGAAAGGUGUUUAAUAUUUUGGAAGAAGCUAAAGUGCUAUUCAACUUAGAAGACUAUUCUAUCAGUCAGAUAACACUGGAACAAGUCUUUCUGGCCAUUGCUAAUGAUAAAAUGGAAAGUGAUCAAGGAGUAAAGCUGCUAUAAAAUUAAGUUGCAAUAAGUGACCUUUAUGUAUUUCUUAAACUGCUGCCUGCAACUAAGUACAUA